AUGAUGAGGGUGUGCUGGCUGGUGAGACAGGAUAGUCGGCAUCAGCGAAUCAGACUCCCACAUUUGGAAGCAGUUGUGAUUGGGCGCAGCCCGGAGACCAAGAUCACUGAUAAGAAAUGUUCUCGACAGCAAGUAGAGUUGAAAGCAGAGUGUAACAAGGGAUAUGUCAAGGUAAAGCAGGUAGGGGUCAAUCCGACCAGCAUUGACUCAGUCAUAAUUGGGAAGGACCAAGAGAUGAAGCUGCAGCCUGGCCAGGUUCUCCACAUGGUGAAUGAACUUUAUCCAUAUGUUGUAGAGUUUGAGGAAGAGGCCAAAAGCCCUGGCUUGGAAACACAUAGGAAGAGAAAGAGGUCAGGCAACAGUGAGUCUACAGAAAGGCAUGUUGCCCAGAAAGCUGAGCCAGGGACAGAACUGGAUCCUGGGAGCAAUCCUACCCAAUGCUCUGUGCCCCCAAAGAAGGAGGAAGGUGCAUCUACCAAAAAGGAAUUUUUAGGCCACUGGAGUCAAGGUUUGAAGGUUUCUAUGCAAGAUCCUAAGAUGCAGCCAUGUGCACCUUCAUGUGAUCAGCCAGGAUUUUGA